AUGGAAGGAAAAGUACCCAAUAAACCACCAUAUUCUUUUUUCGAUGCUCCCAUCCCCCGUGUUAAUAAAGAAAUGUUCCCGGUUGAUCCAGCAAUUAUCGGACGCUCAAUUCCACGUCCUUGUCGUCCAAUAGGGCAAAUUUCCCAGAAAUAUGCCCACACUCCAAUCAAGACACUGCAACAGGGAUUUCAUGAGGUUAGAUAUUCUAGUUGUCAGUCUAAUUUGUUUGAUUAA